ACUUACGUUAACAUUCACCAACAUUCUCCAUUAUUCUCCUAUACUCGUUAAUAUUCUCCGUAAUACCUUAACAUUCUCCGUCAUACACUAAUAUUCCUUAUCUAGUAUAGUAUUUGAGAAAGUGUAAGGGUGUAUGUGAAAGUAGAAGAAGUAUAAAUAUGUAGUGGAAAUUGAAGGAAAGAGUAGGGAUGGGAAUUGUACGUAUAUGUAUGCAUGAACAUGCAUGAUAAAGGAAAGUGUAGGAAAUGGUAGGGAGAAGAAGGAAGUUUACGUGGGAGUGUGGAAAGAAAUAGUAAGGGAGGGAGAUGAGGUGGCAUCUGCCACUUGUGGGAGAAAGGGAAAGAAAGAGGGAGAAAGUGAAGGAAGAAUGAGACAAAUAAGAAGUUUAGGAAGAAAUUAAAAAAGUGAGUAAAGGAAAAAACAAAUACAGUAGUUAAAGGAAAAAAACAAUGAAGGAUUCUGAUGGUAUAAUACAAAUUUUCGGGUAUUUCGGGUACCGCAAUGAUGAACAAUUUAUCGAGUGUAUUAAUGAAAGGACAGGUGUUUAAUAUUUUAAAAUUUUAUCGGUUAAGAACUGGGUCUAUCAAUUGCCCCCCUUACCGAUAGAAAAAUUCGGAGUUCGUCCGGACAUUUUCUGACGGUAAGUCGGUAUUAGACCCAGUCUCAAACGUUGUUCCUAUAAAUACCAGAGCGGAGGGAACAUAAUCCAUUCUCCAUUUCCCAGCCUCCUGCUCUCGUACUUCUCCUCCCAUCUUUUCAUUUCUCACAAAGCAAAAGCAGUUCACUACCCACAGCAAACUCUUGUUUCACUAUCCCUAAAGUAAAUUCUCAUUUUACCUUUAGUAAAAAUGGCGAGUUUACCUUCAUCAUUACGAGAUAAUCAACAUUUAAUGAUUAUACAGCCUUCCACUGUUGUGGUGGCAAGAGGAUCGGAUGCCAGUGGGUCUCGAAAUAUAGCACCUAACCCACUGGGUUUUAAUGUCUGCCCUUGGGAGGUGAUGUAUCCUCUUGGUCGAGUGCCUCCGGAGUACCCAGUAGGUGGCCUGGGACGUGGUUUUACACAAAGUGAAAAGUGGUUACGAGAACUGUUGGUUUCGUAUGGUAUGCCUCAUCACUGGAGUUAUGCCAUACCCAACAGACUUGUUUCGGCUGUAAGUCACCCAUCAUCAUGGCGAUCGCUUUUUCGUUCUUCUCUGGAGUAUGGGUUUCGAUUGCCCCUGCCUGCAUGGUUGUGUGUUGUAAUGCACCGUAUUAAGCUUUCAAUCGAUUCUGUUAGUCCUCGUUUUUGGACUUUCAUCGCUUGUUUUAUUCUGUCAUGUCGUCAAGUUGCGGUUCCACCAUCCCCCGAGUUGUUUUAUGCUUGUUUUUUCUUUCGUCAUGAUCGAGUGGCUUGGGAGCUACACAAACGGAAGUCAGCCAAUAACCUUUGCAAUUCGCUGAGCCAUCUGAAGGGGUCGUGGGAGACGGAAUUUUUUUAUUUUCUUGCCCCGCCUAGUGAGUUUACCUCCGGAGGUAUCACGGUCCCAGCUGACUGGAGUGAAGGUGUUACAGGUGGAUUUCAGGAUCCCGUGAUUGAGGGAGAAAUCGCUUUACAGCAUGAUCGGCUUCUCCGGGAGAGACCCAUUGAUAUAAGUACUCCUGGGGCUCGAGCAAGCUUGUUUCUUGCUGUUUAUGGUAAAGAUUACUCUCACUUUCAGAGGUGUAUGAGGAAUAGAGAAGUGCCAGCAGUGCCUCACUCGUAUGUCGGGGUGCCAAUUCGUGAGAGACCAGAUAAUCCCCCGCGUGGACGGUCGAGAGUUCGUCAUGACCAGUCGAAGAGAACUCGUUCCUGGGUGAGAGGAUCAAGAGAUUCCCCUACUGGGAAGGGUCGCUCUGAGGGGAGAGCCAGAGAUGCUAAAGGAAAAACCCCAGUGGGCGGUAGGGGAACCCUGAAGCAUCAGGGGGAGUCUUCAAGAGCCAACAAAGGUGGAAUUUUGGCUGGUGGUGUCAUAACGUAUGACAGUUUGUGCGAUGCGGGGAAACACUAUCCCGUUUUGAAAGAUGUAGCCACAGGAUCAACUUUUGCUUCUUCUGUUUCAAAGCUGGCGAGGUACGCUGUUGCCAUGGAGUGUCGCCUAGCUAUGGCAGAGCUUCGGGUUACUGAGGCCCGAGAGGAGGCAACUCGUUCUUUGGAAGAAAUGAGAAUCUAUAUGAAGACAAGAGAGGAGCAAUUUUCUUCCAAAUCUUGUGAAUGGAAUGCAGACAUGGUGGAGGCUCAACAACGUGUUGAGGUAGCCACACAAGAGCUGCGUACCUCAGAAGCAGCCGAGGCUGGCCUUCGCGAAAAAGUUGAGCAGCUUCACGCCAGUAUGCGUGAGGAGAGGCUAAUCAGGAGAUCUUUACGGUCGGAGAAUACUGGUUUACACUCAGAAAACACCACCCUCCGAUCAGAGAAUAAUACUCUAUGUCAUCAGUUACAGAUGGCGGUUUCGGGAGUGAUGGAAAAUGUCCAUCGCCUGGCCAGAAGGGCAAUUCAUUGUAUGUAUCCUGCAAGAGAUAUUGAUGACACCCGCCUUCGUCAAGUGGUGGAAGAAUGUGCGACUACUUUGGAACCUGAGGAGGUGACAUCCCAAAAUAUGAAUGUCGUGGAGGAAUGCGCUGGUGCUCCUCAGUCUGGGGAAGCAGCAAGCCAAAUUUCGAUUUUGGAGAUUGAGUUACAUCGCAUCUCGCCACUUUUAGAUGCUGUUUCUGAAGCAAGUCCAAUGGUUGGCACCCCAGUGCAUUCAGACUUUAAUAUCUCGACGGCAAUGUUGUUGGCUGCAACCGAGUUACUCGGCCCAGAGUUUUUUGAGAACUAAAGUUUAUGAAAUUCCCACUUGAAAUAACAUUGUAAAAUAUUAUGUAAGAUACUCGGUCAUGUGUAUAGCUUAGCUUAUAAACACCUGUAGUAGGU